UUUGCGAGACAGCCAGGCCACCGGGCUGGACCGACCGGCGCAGGGAGCCACUGUCGGAAGGAGGCGGCCCCAGGCUCGACCGGGAAGCCGAGAAGGUGACGCUGUCCGCCGGGCGGGCUGGAACAGGAUGUAGUGUUUUGGUCACUCAGGGGACGGGCAGGGAGCAGGAGAAAAGCGGGAACACGUGCGAGGCAAGAUGCAGUGGAGGCGGGGCGGGUAGGGUCAGGAGGAGUUUGGAGCAGCUGUGAGUGGCAGGCGACCUGAGCGGAGGCCCAGGUGUGACUCGGGGCCGUCUGUGUGCCCACCGUCCACCUCCUGGCCAUGCUAGCUGCCUAGGACAUCCUGGGCAAAGCCCCCUUGACCAGCAGAACUUCAUGUCCAAACCCGGAAAUUCCACAGAAGGAGCCCGUGCGCCCAGCUCGCUGGCCAUGUGCAGCCCCCCGGAGACUGCCCUGCUGAGGCUAGAGGAGGUCUUCUUAGCCACCCUCGCCCGCGUCAACAGCCUCGUCCUAGAGCCUCUGCUCGUGGCCACUUCAGAACCUUCUGCGGAGCCCCAGAGCCAGGAGUGCCUACAGCUCUUAGAGCAGCUGCAUGGGAGCACCCAGCAGCUCUGGGCUGUGACAGAGGAGAGCCUGCGCACGCUGCAGGAGCGGCUGUGCCACCCUGACUCGGCAGGCCUGGAGUCCCUGCUGCUGCUGCGCCAUGCUGACCGGGUUCUGCAGGUGCACAUGGAGUACAUCGAGUCCUACACAAACUGCCUGGUGAUGCAGGCUUUUCAGAAGGCAGCAAAAGGAAGGAGGGAGUACUGGCGGGGCCGGCGGAAGGCGCUGCGGCAGCUGCUGUGGGGCGUGAGUGCCGAGAGCUCAGCGGGCACAAUGCUGGUACAGGCCCUCCGGCAGCCCCUGGCACACCACGUGCAGCAGUGUGUGCUGCAGCUGCUGAGUCUCAGUGGUGCCAUUGGGGAGCAUCACCCGGCCCGGGAGCUGGUGGUGCACGCGGCCACCGUCUUUGGGAACCUGCAGUCGUACAUGCAGCAGGCGCUGGACCAGGCCGAGGCCACACGGAGCCUGUGGCACAGUCUGAGUGGGCGGCUGUGGGAGAUGCUGUGCAGCCCUGUCCGUCGGCUCUUGCUGGACAGCCACGAUGUGCCUGUGACGGCUGCCCCACUGCGCGCCGAGCGUGUGCUGCUGUUUGAUGAUGCCCUUGUCCUGGUGCAGGGCCACAGUGUCCACACCUUUGACCUGAAGCUGCUGUGGCUGGAGCCUGGGCAGGAUGGGUGCGUGUUUCACCUCCUCACACCUGAAGACGAGUUCUCCUUCUGUGCCAAGGACCGUCAAGGCCAGGUGAUCUGGCAGUGGAAGGUGACACAGGCUGUGUGCCAGGCCCUACGGGGCAAGAAGGACUUUCCAGUGCUGGGGGCUGGCCAGGAGCCUGUGGAGCCCCCUGCCUACCGCUAUGGAGCCUAUACCUUCCGUGCUGGGGGCCGGCUCUGCCACGCCACCUAUGAGGGCGAGUGGCAGCGGGGCAGGCCCCACGGCAAGGAGAGCUGGAGGAGGCUUAGAAACAAAACAUGGGCACGCAUGCCUUAUUGGCAGAGGGGAGGCCCCCAAAGGGGGCACAGGAUGGGGAGAGCCUCAGAGCAGGCGUGUUCAGGGAGGGUCCGUGGGCCUGAUGCAUGGGGGUCCUGGCCAUGUUGCAGGGGAACCUUGAAGUGGCCAGACGGGCGCAACCAUGUGGGCGAUUUCUGCAAUGGCCUGGAGCAUGGCUUCGGUGUCCAUCUGGUGCCCCAGCCCCCUGAGGACAAGUUCGACUGCUACAAGUGCCACUGGCGGGCAGGCAGCAUGAAUGGCUAUGGCAUCUGUGAGUAUGGCUCGGACCAGGUGUAUAAGGGCUACUUCCAGGCGGGCCUGCGGCAUGGCUUUGGGAUCCUGGAGAGCCCCCCGCAGGCCUCCCGGCCAUUCAAGUACACAGGCCACUGGGAGCGGGGCCAGAGGAAUGGCUAUGGUGUGGAGGAGGACCGGGACAGAGGCGAGCGCUAUAUCGGCAUGUGGCAGGGUGACCAGCGCCAUGGUCCUGGGGUUGUGGUCACCCAGGCAGGCGUCUGCUACCAGGGCACCUUCCAGGCGGACAAGAUGGUGGGCCCUGGCGUCCUCCUGUCCGAAGACGACUCCCUGUAUGAAGGUACCUUCACCAGGGACCUCAUCCUGGAGGGGAAGGGCAAGAUCACCUUCCCCAAUGGCUUCACCCUGGAGGGUACGUUUGGUCCUGGGUUCGGGCAAGGACUACACACACAGGGCGUGCUGGACACAGCUGCCCUUCCGCCGGAUCCAAGCAGCAGCAGCUGUAAGAGGCAGCUGGGUCUAGGCAUCUUCCCAGAGUGCCGCUGGCCAGGAGUCUACCGCCCCUUCCGAGACUUUGUGGCUGCCGGCUGCCCUGCUGACCUGCAGGAGGCGCUGCUGGGCUUCCAUGUGCAAAGCCCCCGGAGGCUUAGCAGGUCCCAGGAGCACCUGUGCUGUGAGAGGGACAGCGUGGGCAGCCUGGCUGACACCCUGGAGGAAUUGCUGCAACACCGUCAGCUUGAGGCCCUGCAGCGGUACCUUGGCAAGGCCUUGAGCCACCCCCAGCACCCGCUGGCCAAGCUGCUGCGGACCCUAAUGCUGACCUUCCAAGCCACGUAUGCGGGCAUCGGGGCCAACAAGCACCUGCAGGGGAUGGCCCAGGAGGAGGUGAAGCAGCAUGCCCGGGAGAUCUGGGCUGCCUACAGGGGUCUGCUGGGGGUCGCCUUACAGCACAGGGGCCAGAUGCUGGAGGAGGAAGACGCAGAGACAAGGGAGCUGCAGGUGCAUGACCUGGUGCUGCCGCUCGUGCUGCCCAGUUUCUACUCGGAACUCUUCACGCUCUACCUGCUGCUGCACGAGCGUGAGGACAGGCUCUAUAGCCGCGGCAUCGCCAGCCUUAGCCUCUUCCCUGACACCAAGCUGCUCAAGUUCCUGGAGGUGCAGAGGCACCUCUGGCCCCUGAAGGACCUCACACUCACCAGCAAUCAGAGGUACUCUCUGGUCAAGGACAAGUGCUUCCUGUCAGCCACUGGGUGCCUCCAGAAGAUUAUGACCACGGUGAACCCCCGGGAGAAGCUGGAGGUGCUGGAGAGGACGUAUGGGGAAAUCGAGGCCACCGUGUCUCGGGUGCUGGGCCGAGAGCAUAAGCUGCCCAUGGAUGACCUGCUGCCACUGCUCAUCUACGUGGUGUCACGGGCCCGAAUUCAGCAUUUGGGAGCCGAGAUCCACCUGAUCAGGGACAUGAUGGACCCCAGCCACACGGGGGGCCUCUAUGACUUCCUGCUCACGGCCCUGGAGUCCUGCUAUGAGCACAUCCAGAGAGAAGACAUGCGGCUGCACCGCCUGCCUGACCGCCGGGACUCCAAGGAGCCCUUCUGCUAGCCUCAUGCCUCUAGAUCCAUAGCAGAGCUGCUGGGCCUCCACACCCUGCUCACAGGAGCAGCUGGGCCCACCCUGUGGCAUCCUGUCCUACUCUGCUGGCCCAAGGCAGCAACCAGACUCCUCCUGUGUGUCCUAUAGGGCUGGUGCCCUGUGCUGCCCCACCUGCUGGAGCUUAUGGGUUGGCUACCCAGUCCUCUUGUGUCCUGGUGGCUCUGUGGCCUGACUGAAGCCUGUGGACUUCCUGGGCAGGGAGAGUGAGCUGUGUGUGCCACACCAGGGUCCUUGGGCCAGGGGGAUGCUGGAGCGCCACCCAUCCUUGCUCUGAGUCUCGCCUUGGCAUCAUCCCUGUGUGUGGCAGGUGCUAGGGACUCCAUACCUCACAUCCGUCUGUGCCUUUCUCCUGGGUGGACAUCUUUGCCCCAGGCCCAGUCACAGGUCACACCCUCAGAGGAAGCAGCCGGGGGUGCUUCUGGACUCGAGAGAUGGCCAGUCAGUGACGAAGUCUAGACUGUGUGCGGCAAAUGCUGUUGUUGGGGUGAAGGUAGAGAUUAGCUGAGCUGAGAACUUCCAAAUCAGGUCAUGGGGGGAUCAAGCCGCCGCUUGGGCUUCCCGCAUCCCAGGUCAGUGGAUGGCUCAGGUGCUGGCUGUGCCCCUUCUGAUCCAGCUCCCUGCUGGUGCACCUGGGAAGGCAGCAGAGGGUGGCCCCAAUGCUUGGCUU